GCCCCUUUGAGCGUAGCGCUGAAGCUGUAAUUACCUUUUCCAUCAACAAAAUCCAACGUCGUCACAUAUCAAGAAACUUACUACAUCAUUACACGUGAUAGGGUAUCAUCAAUCAGAAGCUUCAGCUCAUCAAAGCUGCUCGCGGACACCAUUCCUUUGUCAGCAUCAACAAAUUCGUUACCCAGCAACAAAGACAUGUCUGCCACCGACGAGAAGCUCAUCUCGAGCCAUGCGGAAUCAGUGAAGCGGAUCCAAGAAUCCGUCAAGAAAUUCCGCGACGAAGGUCGACACUUUCGCAUCUAUCAUGGCUCGACCUCAUCAACACGGCCGCUUAACUUUACGCGGGACAACAUUGUCGAUGUGAGCGACAUGAAUCGCCUUUUUCCAGUGGACCAAGCCACCAAGACCGUCAAGGCCGAGCCGAAUGUGCCUAUGGACGCGCUGGUCGCGCACACGCUGAAAGCCGGUCUUGUUCCGAAGAUUGUGAUGGAGUUCAAGGGCAUCACGGUCGGGGGUGGCUAUUCGGGCAUGUCGGGCGAGAGUAACAUGCACAAGCAUGGCCUGUUCCAGAACACGGUGUCUGAGAUUGAGAUUGUACUUGGUGAUGGAUCCUUGGAGCAUGCGUCCCGGACUGUCAACGAGGAUCUGCUCGAGCAUGCUGGUGGUAGUCUGGGUACCUUUGGCAUCGUCACUCUGCUGACAGUCGAACUGUUCGAUGCAAAGAAGUUUGUCAAUCUCGAAAUCACCAAGAUCGACGGUCCAGAGAACGUAGUCCCAACCUUCGAAGCCGCCGUGGCCUCGACUCCACAGCCAGAGUACAUCGACGGCAUCUUCUACAACAAGGCCAAGAUCGUCAUGAUGACCGGCCACAUCAGCGACGACGCAGCACACCCGCCCCUCAAGAAAAUGCAAGUACACUGGUUCUCCGCCGAAGUCGAGAAGCGCUACGCCAACCUGCCCUCCACCCUCACCAUGCACCUCGAAGACUACCUCUUCCGCUUCGACCACGGCGCCUUCUGGGGCGGCAACCUCGCCUUCGACCACUUCCACAUCCCCAACAUCGCCCCCUUCCGCCGCCUCGCAGACCCCUUCCUCGACUCCCGCACCUGCUACCACGCCCUGCACAAGACCGGCCUCGCCGACGAAUACGUCGUCCAGGACUUUGGCGUCCCCGCCUCCAACGUCGCUGCCUUCAUCUCCUACGUCCAGGAUGUCAUGCCCAAAUGCCAGCUCUUCCUCGUCCCCGCCCUCUCCGCAGACGGCAUGAAGAUCUCCUCCCGCAUGAACCCCCUUGUCCAGGCCGUCCGCACCGAACGCGUCUACGGCGUCGGCGUCUAUGGCCGUGGCCCGCGUGACGCCGAGGCGUUCAAGGAACUCAAUCGUAAGCUCGAGACCAAGGCCUCGGAACUCCUCGCUGCGAAGCUGCUCUAUGCCCGCACGUACUACACCCACGACGAGUUUUGGGAAAUCUACAACAAGCCUGCGUACGACGAGGUGCGCCGCAAGUACAAGGCUGUCGUUGUGGCGCCGCCGCCGUCGGACGAGGCGGAGAAGAACAACGAUGCCGAAGCAGAUGGCAGUAAGCGAGUUAUCGGCCUGCCGGAUGUGUACGAGAAGCUUGCGGCUGAUAUGAAGGCUCGGCCCAAGAGGCAGUCUAUCCGUGGUGUUGUCGCGACGGUCUUUGACAAGGUCACGGGGCGCAAGGAGUAUCUGCUGCCGAAGAAAUGAAGCGGUUUUUCAGCGUUCUGUGCAUCUCGUCCUUUUUUCGUUCUGUCUUGCUACGCUAUGCGACGCAACGCAACGCAAAAAAGCAUUUUGAAUGUUUACAUGUUUUGCAUUUCUUCAGUGUUCUCGCGAUCGAAAGAAAAGCGCGUACUCUAUCUCCGAAAAAUAUUUUUUAGCCCCGUUCUGUGUGUGUAGGUAGUUAUGUAGAUCCCGUAAUUCUAGCUCGUCGCUGAGCGUCCUCGCAGAGUCUUUGUU